UGCCCUCCGCGGCCGCCUCUCGGGAGGGAGGGCGGCGCCUGCGCGCUGCGGUCGCAGCCAUGUUCCGCGGCGGCAGUGCUGCUCGCCUCAGCCAUGUUCGGCGGGCAGCGGGGCCCGCCGCGCCGCGCCGGCGGCGGGGAGUCGGGUGGGCUGCGCAGUUCUGUACGACAUCGACACUGCUGGCAUCAAGAACAGGAAUGUAGAAGCUGGAAUGAUUCAGAUUCUUUGGCAUUUGGUGAAUAUCACUGUAGACAUUUAGACCAAUGGCUGGAGAGCUCUUCAACACCAGAAGAAUCUAGGCCUCUUUCUGGUAGCCCUGACUGGGAAAGUAGAAUUGAAGAAGGCAAAACAAUGAGGACAUCAACUAAAAAAAAGACAAAUGAUUAUGCUAAUCCAUCUGAAAGGGAAACAGAUGAAGUGGUUCUCAGAAGAAGACAAAAACAGAUCAAUUUUGGAAAAAAUACCCUUGCAUAUGACAGAUACAUUAAAGAAGUUCCAAAGAAUCAGCGAAUACCAGGAGUUCAUCCUAGAACUCCCAACAAAUUUAAGAAGUACAGCCGUAGAUCCUGGGACCAGCAGAUCAGGCUGUGGAAGAUAGCACUGCAUGCCUGGGAUCCUCCUGCUGAAGAAACUUGGGAUCUGCAGCCAGUUAGUACAGAACCCUCAGGCAGUUCUCAGGAAUGGUUCUGCAAAGAUCAGGACAUUUCUGGCUCCCUUGUAUUUGAUGAAAAGCAGAAGAGAAAUGAGUGUGAAGACGAAUGCAGACAGACUGACUACACACCAGAGAGUUCCUGUUCUCCGGAUUCUUCUCCAGUAUGGAAACGCAGAAAAAGAAACAAUUCUGACUCCUCUGUCGUUUCAAAGAGCAAAACCCAUUACAUGCAUAUGUACCACACACUGGAAAGUCUUACUGAACCAGGACAUCAGGAGGCUUUUUCAAAGUGCUCAGAGUGGGAAGCCUUUGGUGAAAAUGAUGAAGUAAUGACAGUACAACAUGGUAUAGAAAUAACAAGUGACCCAGUUCCAGCCAGUUGUUCUUCAGGAUGGAACAAUCAGAAACAGGAAAAAACCAACUUCUUUCUGCCUGACAGCAAAACUUGCAGAGAUACGGACUGCAAGCUGGAGAGGCUCAAACUUUGUAGCAGUUUAUUGGAAGGACAUCAGUCAGAAUACCCUGAAACAGGAUGGGGAAGUGCAAGUGCUGAAGAUGGAAUAAUGAGGAAAAAAAUUUAAAUACCGAGGUUUCUCCAGAUCUUUAAGGAUAGAUUGUUUUCUGCAAGCUCUGUCUCAAGCGUAAAACUUCGAUUUCAUUAAGUCUGUGCUACGAUGAUGAUGAUGGAUGUUCCUUAAAGCUUUUGUGAGAAUGUUUCUGCUUUACCUGCUUUGGCAGAUGCCAUGUACAUCUUAUUGUAAAGGCUACUUCAGCUGAUGGAUCCUGGUGUUGCCAUUUGGAGAUCGUGCUUCUUGGAGUGUGUUAAUGUUAUGCUGGUGAAUUGGUCCAAUAUCAAGGAGUUAAACCCUGUUUCCUCUACUGGACCAGAAUUGUACAUCCAACCUGAAGAACAGCUUCAAAAUAAUGUAGAUAAUUUCCACCUUUCUCCUGUUGUGAAAGACAAGCUAUUCUUAGCUUUUGAGUUGGGUGAUCAUCCGUUUGGCUUAUUUACUGUUCUCUGAGAUAGGAUAUUAAGCUAGCAUUUGCCUAAACCUAGUGAGAGAAGAGAAAGGAAAGGUAGAUGGCUUAUCAAAAUCAGCUCACUCUUCAAAGGGAUGAGUGUGAACAGCAACACAGCCUAAAUACCUGGAUUUUACUCUUACGUGUGUUGCAGCUUGACCCGAAGAGCCAACCUACUGCUGAGAGUAUAAGAGGAUGAGUUCAGUGACUGAUAUUCCUACAGGAAUUGGAGGUGAGCAGCAGUAUUUGCAGGUUUGGAGCUGCUCUUGGGCAUGGGGUGUUAAGGCUAAGGUCAUGGUGUUGAGAUAAGCUCUCCUUUGUUUCACUCAGGCACUGUGGUCAGAAGGUCAAAGUGAGGGCUGAGGCUACAGUGGAGUUUAGACCCGAUUCAUGUGCCAAUUACAAGAUUAUUUUUUUUGACAGUCCUUGUGGCAUUUUACGUAGUGUGUACUGGGAUACAAACGUUAGAGCAGGGAAUUGUCUCUUCACAGUAGUUCAGUUUGGCUCUUCACAAGGCUGCUGCAGAACUGUGGCAGUGCCAGGGAUGACACACAGCAGCCUUACUGUGGGGCUGGCCGUGUAACCACGGGCCAAAAGCCCAUAGUGCUGCUGAAGUUGGAAGCAAGUUGCUUCCCCAGAAAAAACUCCCUGUCCCUUCCAAAAUGUUGUUUCCAGGCAUGCUCAGGCAUGGGGUUUGGUAGUGUCCCAGCACAAGGGUGGCUCGGUCACGCACUGCAGAGCACGGAGGGUAUGUAUACAAGGAAUGCAUCUGUACAGGACUUUUUUUAAGAAGUAAUAUUUAGAACUUCGUUGUUCCAGUGUGCAUGCUUCCAUGUGAUUUAUGAUGAUUGUAAAUAAGGGAAUGUGUUACACUUUUGGUGUUUUGUCUUUAUGCAGAAGAAUUAAAGACUUUAAAAAUC